UGGAUGGGGUAGCUAUUGGGGGGCUGGUCACGUGCGGCGCGGCGCGGCGGUGGCGGCUCGAGCCGGGCGGCGGGCGGCGCCGUUUGAAUGCGGCGCGCGGGCGGCGGUUGGCGGGAGCGGACGUAAGCAGCCUCUGCUCUCCCUGCAUUUCCGACUGUUGGACUUCUGGUUAUUUGUAAUAAGGAGUAUGCUGGAUUGGUCAUGGUCCUCAAUUCAAUGCUGAAGUUGGUUCAGAGGCAGACUUACACCUGCCUGUCACACCGAUAUGGCCUUUACCUUUGCUUUGGAGGAUUAGUGCUCAUGAUUGUGUCUGCCUUUCAGUUUGGAGAGGUGGUCUUGGAAUGGAGUCGGGAUCAAUAUCAUGUCAUGUUUGAUUCAUAUCGUGACAAUGUAGCUGGAAAGUCAUUUCAAAAUAGGUUAUGUCUACCUAUGCCAAUUGAUGUGGUAUAUACUUGGGUGAAUGGUACAGCCAGGUUUACUAAGGAACUACAAGAAUUAAGGGAGCAGAUGAAGAAAGACCAGCAUAAACUAAGGUGGAAAGUCUUGGGAAAUGCCACAGAGGCCACUAAGAAAAGUGAGAAGCAACCAGAAUGCUUGUUAUCGCAGUGUGUAAAGGGGCCCAUGAUCGUUUUGGAUCCAAGUUUACCAGCAAGUACAGUCAAGGAACUGCCUUCACUCUUCCCUCACUUUCGUGCUGCAAAACAUCUCUAAAUACCAAAGCUGAAAACCCCAUCAUCCAAUAUUACUGUAAUUAUGUUUGAUAAUCAAAAAGAAGUGGAUGAUGCACUUUCAACAACAACCCAAAAUGAUAAACGAUUGGCAUGGAGAGGCUAUCUGACCACAGAUAAAGAAUCUCCUGGAUCCGUCCUAAUGCAGAAUCUUGCUUUUUUGAGUGAUUUUCCAGCAUCCUACAAAGAGGAGGAACAAAUUCGAGCCAAACUGCCGCCAUUUAUUACUGGCAAAAUGAAACAGCUGAUGUUAUAUUCUGAAGCUGGUGUUGCGCUAUUGUUACUCAAAGAUCCUAGAGAUUUUGUGGAAUUAACCAAGCAGCCCAAGAAUAACAUGACUAUAGAAGGAAAAGAGAUAACAAUCAACCCAGUCUAUAUAUUGUGGGACCUCAGCACCAUCAGCCAGUCCAAGCAGGAUGAUGAUAUUUCAGCCAGUCGAUUUGAAGACAACGAGGAAUUACGAUACUCUUUGCGUUCUGUGGAGAGAUAUGCACCUUGGAUACGGCAUGUCUUUAUCGUAACUAAUGGCCAAAUUCCUUCUUGGUUGAACUUGGACAAUCCUCGUGUUACAAUAGUAACACACCAGGAAAUUUUCAAGAAUCUCAGCCAUUUGCCAACAUUUAGCUCCCCAGCUAUUGAAACGCACCUACAUCGCAUUCCAGGCCUUUCUCAGAAAUUCAUCUAUUUAAAUGAUGAUGUAAUGUUUGGAGAGGAAGUAUGGCCUGAUGACUUUUACUCUCAUUCAAAUGGACAAAAGGUUUAUCUAACCUGGCCAGUUCCAAAUUGUGCUGAUGGAUGUCCUGGGUCUUGGAUUAAAGAUGGCUACUGUGAUAAGGCUUGCAAUAAUUCAGCUUGUGAUUGGGAUGGAGGCGAUUGUCUUGGAAACACUGCAAGUAAUCGUGGUGGUGGUGCUGGAGGAAUGGCAAAUGGGCAGGCCUGGCAGUUUGGUGGUGGUCUUCCUGGACUAACGUAUUGCAACCAAGGUUGUGCCAACUCUUGGCUGGCUGAUAAAUUUUGUGAUCAAGCUUGUAACGUCUUGUCGUGUGGGUUCGACGCUGGUGAUUGUGGGCAGGAACACUUUGAUCAGAUGUAUGGCGUGAUUCUUCAUCCCAACCUGACCCAUUAUGUGCUUCCAAAAGGUGAGGCGUUGCCUUACUUCAAAUUUGAGGAGUUUGCUAACAAGAUCACAGAGGCAUCAUUUGUAGAUAAUGCAAUUAUUCGGCAUGCUUCUGUGGCUAACAAGUGGCAGACCAUUCACUUGAUCAUGCACAGAGGAAUGAAUGCAACCACCAUCCAUCUUAAUUUGACUUUCCUGGAUAAAAAUGACAAGGAUUUUAAAAUGCACCUUACUGUAGAUGUUGACACCAGGGAAAGUCAGAAAUCAAACCAAACUGCCACCUUAAAGGAAGAAAAGGCAAUAAAUCUCACUGCAGCCCCACUGGAAAUAGAAGUACCAUUCAAAGACAUUGCUGAAGAAUUGCUUUUCCCCAAAAUUCAGGAAAGGACUCUGGAUGACUUGAAUAUCAGCUUUCUGCUUGAUCUUCGGUUUAUUAAUGUAUCGCUUCUGCCCAUUACUGUUCAAAAUGAGAUGAAAGAAUUAGAUUCAAAAUUAAAAGAUGGUGAUAUCACACUUAAAGGGUACAAUCGUACAAAGUUGCUUAUUUUAGAACCUUUUAGAAAACUUGCCCACUCAAAACAAAAUGAAAAUGAACAUAUGUCUCAGCACACAGGAAAGAUUACUUUGGUAAGGGAUCAGGACUUAUUGGAAAGAAGAUUUGCUGUUCCAGGCUAUAUGGGGAAGAAUGAAAAUGCUAAGAAUCAUUUGACGAAAGAGCAUGUUGAGAAUGACCAACCUGGAAGAAAUGAACAAGCUGACAAUCCAGUAACUCUAAAUACUUCAAUUGCAAUGAAAAUGAGUGCCAUGUUAAAAAACCCAGCCAAAGAUAUCCCAGGGUUCCAAAAAGUUGAUGUCAAAUCCAUCACUUCACAGAAAAUUCUUAAUAUUCUUAUACCAAAUGACAACAGCAAGCUAAAACAGGAUCAGAGUGCAAGAGAAAUUGAAGCAAAGUUCAAGCAACAAGAGCAAAGGGAUGAAGUGAUGAGACGAGUCAAUACUGUGUCUCGAGAAGCUGACUCUAAAAAUAUCAGUGCGGGACAUGCCAGCAGAAAACUGCACUAUUAUGUUGAAAAUUAUGUUGGCUUUUUACCUUGGGAAAAACGAGGGUAUUUCCAAGAACUGGUGGAAGAGAAGGAAAAACUGGAGAAGGCACAUGCAUAUCACACUGACGGUAAACAAAUGCGAAGAAAACUCCAGGACACGUUUGCAGACUCACUACGCUAUGUUAAUAAACUUCUCAAUACCAAAUUUGGAUUUGCUUCUCGUAAAGUUCCUGCUCACAUGCCUCAUAUGAUAGACCGCAUUAUCAUGAGUGACCUUCAAGAUCUUUUUCCAGAGGCAUUUGACAAGACUUCUGACCAUAAAGUUCGUCAUUCUGAGGACAUGCAGUUUGCAUUUUCAUAUUUUUACUAUGUAAUGAGUGCACUACAGCCAUUAAACCUAUCUGAUGUUUUUGAUGAAGUUGACACAGAUCGAUCAGGAAUUCUCUCUGAUCGAGAAAUCAGGACGUUAGCAACUAGGAUUCAUGAGCUCCCCCUGAGCUUGCAGGAUUUAACCAGUCUAGAACAAAUGCUGAUCAAUUGCUCAAAGAUGCUUCCCACAAAUGAAACUCAAAUUGACAGAGUUCCUCCCACCCAGGAGGCAUAUUAUGAUCCAAACUUGCCUCCAGUGACUAAAGGACUUGUGAUCAACUGCAAACCCGUUACUGAUCGUAUUCGCAAGGCUUACAAGGACAAAAAUAAAUACAAGUUUGAAAUCAUGGGAGAAGAAGAGAUUGCUUUUAAAAUGAUUCGCACUAAUGUUUCUCAUGUUGUUGGCCAGUUGGAUGACAUCAGAAGAAACCCUAGGAAAUUUAUUUGUUUAAAUGAUAACAUUGACCACAAUCACAAAGAUGGAGCCACAGUGAAGGCAGUGCUUCGAGAUUUCUACGAGUCCUUAUUCCCAGUAGCGUCUCAGUUUGAACUGCCAAGGGAGUACCGCAACCGAUUUCUCCAUAUGCACGAGCUUCGGGAAUGGAGAGCUUACAGAGACAAGUUGAAGUUCUGGACACAUUGUGUGCUCGUCACGCUAAUUAUUUUCACAGUUUCUUCUUUCUUUGCUGAACAGUUAAUUGCACUAAAGCGAAAAAUUUUCCCAAGAAGACGAGUGUACAUGAAUAUUGCUCCUGAUCGAAGCAGUGUGUAGGGAAAAUGACAAACUUCUACUUCAGUUCUUAAUAUGGAACUCAGAUAUUUCUCCAGCAAGAAGGAGAAAAUGUUUAGCUGUAAUAAUCACAGGAUGAAUUAAAUUCCAUGAGGCAAAGGCGUCUCCGAAUGAACCAAAGGAAUGGAACUGGGUAACUAUUACCCAGGAAAGUACCAGACCAGGGCUCAGGAAUGCAUAACUCCAGAAACUGAGCAUUUUUUUUACAAAAUGGCAGUGAUUGAAUCACGUUUGGCUUUCUCACAGUGGCAUUUAAAUCUGCUACAAAAUUAUUGAAAGCAUAAAACUAAAUCACAAGAGCUUAAUACAAGGAUGCAAAAUCGAUAUCACAAAGGAACUUGGUGGAUUUGUCUCCAAAUGAGUCAUUGAAGUGCCGUUCUGUGUAAGAUGCACCAAUGUACCUUGAAGAAGUGAUUUUGUACUGUUCUGGGCUGAAACUUCAUGUUUGAACUACUGCACUAUUUAAAAAAAAACAUGGAUCUCUCUUCUCACUGAAACAUAUUGUAAAAUAAGAUGAUCAUAGUGUCGCUUUGAGGGACUGCAAAGAACCUGUAUUAUUGAUUCUGCUGUAGGGUCUUGUCUGGUGUUUGAACUUUGCAUCAAAUGUAGUUACAUCUGAUAUAACGCUGCACCUCUGGGUACAUCAGAAUUGAUUUAUAAAGUGGCUAUCUGGUACUGCUCCCUGUAUCCAUGUAAAGUACAUUAGUUGAUGUAUUUUAACAUGCUACCCAAAAGCAUACAUGUUUAAAUCUAGCCGCAUUUUUCAUUUCAAUCAUUGGUACUCCACACAUUGCAGCUCUAUACCUAAGUGCCUGUCUUGGUUAAAGCAGGUCACAGUGGCGUUAGAAAUUUAUUUAUUUUGGAGGAGUUGUUGCAACUGCAUGAAUAGGGUGGAAGUAAAUUUUAUUGUAUUUGUAUGUUUAAAGUGAUCCAUUUUUUGAAGGAAACCCAUUUUUCUAUUUUAGCAGAGAUUGAUGUAUUAUCUUUAUUGAAAUGUAAGUGUGUAAUUGUUAACCUUUCUGGUCAUGGUCAUUGAUUUGAAAAUAAAAUUUUGGCAGCAA